GUGGGCGGGGCUGCUGUACGUUGCGGUGCCCGCGGAUUGGCCAGUGCCUCACCUGCGGGGCACGGCUAUUGGCCGUGCGCGUCUCCCCCUCAGCCCACUCCCAUUUGCCGCCCCGCCCCGUGUGUGCCGCCCGAUUGGUUGUGGCGGCCCGGCCCGGUAUCUGGGUAAGAUGGCCGCGGUAGGAGAGUGCUCGGUCUCUGUUCCGUGGAAGUCGGUUUCCCUCACUCACGUCGAGUACCCAGAAGGUGACUUCACCGGAUUUAUUCUCGCCCAAGCAAGCCUGAGCCCAAUUUUCAUCAUAUUCGGAUUCAUCACACUCAUCGUUUUCAAGAGAGAGCUUCACACGAUCUCUUUCUUGGGGGGCCUCUUGCUCAAUGAAGGUGUGAAUUGGCUAAUAAAGAAUAUUAUCCAGGAGCCUCGUCCUUGUGCAGAAAUCCACACAUCGGUUUUUUCCAAGUACGCCAUGCCUUCCAGCCAUUCCCAGUUCAUCUGGUUCUUCUCCAUUUACUCUUUUCUCUUCCUCUAUUUAAGAAUGCAUCAAACGAACAAUGCAAGGUUCCUGGACUUAUUGUGGAGACAUAUCCUCUCCCUCUGCCUCUUAACCGUGGCCUUUCUCGUCUCCUAUAGUAGAGUCUAUCUGAUGUACCACUCCUGGAGCCAAGUUGUAUAUGGAGGGAUUGUGGGGAGCAUCAUGGCGAUAGUUUGGUUUGCAUUCACACAGGAGAUCUUAACACCAUUGUUCCCAAGGAUAGCUGCAUGGCCAUUAUCAGAGUUUUUCUUAAUCAGAGACACCAGUCUCAUCCCAAAUAUAUUAUGGUUCGAGUACACAGUGACCAGAGCAGAAGCCAGGAACCGACAGCGUAAGCUGGGUACAAAGCUCCAGUGAAUAUGGAAGGGAGAUGUUAGGAACUGGACUGCACGAAUUCUGUAAGACAAAAAAUAAAAAUAAAAAUAAAAAAGCAAGGGCCAGCAUUAGAGAGAGAAAGAGACCUGUACAGAGCUGGAAGUGAAGGAAGGAGCCUGUUAAGAGAUGGACCAAAAGGAACGGAGGCAGGGACCACCACACCCUGAAGACCAGAGGCCUUUUCCAGCUAGCCGGAUCCACACUCUGCUGCAUGCCGAGGACCAUUCAGGAACCAGCGACCCAUUUAUAUACCGCAGCUGCACAGCAUCUGACCGGGAGGGUGGGAUCAACCCCUUCCCCUCACUCGGCCAUUGCACGUCUCUUGCGCAGACUCCGCUGAUGCAAACAGAAUUGCUGGAGGGAGAGAACUCCAAUGCGCCUUCUCUCCCCCCUCCCCCCCACCUGUCCCUUCAUUUCAGCAGGGCCUGCGCAAGACACCCUUUUGGGUUGGUUUUACCUGUGAAUUUUGAAAAGUCUGAAACAGGGAAAGGGGGGGAUAUAUUUAGCGUUUUGUCGGUGGGGGAGUCAAAAUAUUAUAUGUCUGUGACUCCCCCCCCAAAUUGAUUUCCCCUUUUGCAGCAUGCAAUGUACACACUAUUUAUUAUUCCUUUUGAAAUAAAAACUGGUUUGCGAAAAGGGGGGGUGGGGACCCUGUGAUCAAGUGUUUUGGAAGGCAGCUGAUUCAUCUCCCUUUGGCAGGAGUUGAGAAACGUGGAUCACUGGAGCAGAAAACAGGGGGAGCCUUCUUUCUGUUAGUUUAAAACUUUAUCAUGACUGUUCAGGGGCAUCUGGGCCAAUCCCAACUGCACUUUGUAUUGAUUUUAAGAAAACUACACUAGUGAUGUUUCUGCACUGUGUCAGCACAAUACAAAAACUCAAUAGUAGGGCUGGGUGAUAUAUCAAUAUGUCAUCCAAAACCAGUUUGAAGUCCGUAUUGUGAUAUUGGUUUCAUCAUUUUUGACCUGGCAAUAUAUCGCGAAUUAUGAUGUGUGUUAGGGCUAGGCGAUAUGUCAGCCAAAACAGCUUUGAAGUCUAUACAGUGGUACCUCAGGUUAAGAACUUAAUUUGUUCUGGAGGUCCUUUCUUAACCUGAAACUGUUCUUAACCUGAGGUACCACUUUAGCUAAUGGGGCCUCCCACUGCCGCCGCACUGCGCUGCUCAAUUUCUGUCCUCAUCCUGACCAAAGUUCUUAACCCGAGGUACUAUUUCUGAAGUGUCUGUAACCUGGGGUGCCACUGUAUCGUGAUAUUGGUUUCAUAAUUUUUGACCUGGCAAUAUAUUGCGAAUCAUGAUGUGUGUUUGUUCGCUAUGCAAAAAUCACAAUGCGGGAAAAACCGUGAAGCCAGUCAAUGCCUCUACAUGCAUUCAUCCAUAUUGCAGACAUCGUGAUGUAUCAGUAUAUUGCGAUGUUUAGCUGGUGAUAUAUCACAAUGUUUAAAACCAGGUAUCACCCAGCCCUACUCAAUGCUAUCUUUUUAUUAUUAUUCAGAUACCUGUACAAAUUGUUUUGUUUUAAUUGUUUUAUUAUUUUAGAGCCAACUUCACCAGUGACCCUAUAUUUUCCUUCCUUUAUACUUUCUACCCUAAUCUUUUUUUCCUUCCCCAAAAUACUGCUGCAGACUUUCUUACUGGUAGUUUAAAAUGCAAAAGAAGAAAGCACCAUCAAGGCAUCACUCAUUCCCUUGGUGGUUUCAAAUUUAUCCCCAAGUUGCCCCCCCCAAACUUUUAAAUACUCAAUAAAAUGUUUUUAUGGUC